ACACGUGGUUCCGCGUCCCACUCGCGUCGUCCUGCAACCCCCCGGGCAGCUGCUGAGCAGCUCCCCUCGAGACUCUCACGAUGCCCUUCGACACGAGGAGGCUGCAGGGCCCCGAGGACUCCCAGUCGCCGCUUCUCUUCUGCGCUCCUGCGGCCCAAGUCGCUGCGGGCCCCCGGGCUCUGCUCGACGGCCGAGGCAAGCGGGCCGACGGGCGCGCUCCGGACGAGCUGCGGGCCUCGUUCGCGCGUGCCGGGCUGCUGAGCCAGGCCAAGGGCUCUGCCUACGUGGAGGCGAAGAACACCAAGGUGCUGUGCGCCGUGCACGGACCCAGGGAGGUUUUACGCAGGGAGGACUUCAGUAUGAGAGGCCGCCUCUACUGCGACUUCAGGGUGGCGCCGUUCGCGGGCGCGCGUCGCUGCGAGGCGCGGCCCCCCGGCGGCGACGAGCGCGAGGCCGCCCUGGCCGUGGUGCAGGCGCUGGAGGCCGCCGUGCGCCUCCAGCGCUACCCCAAGGCGCAGAUCGACGUCUUCGUCACGGUGCUGGAGGACGACGGCGGGGCCCUCGGCGCGGCCGUCACCGCGGCCUCCCUCGCCCUCGCCGACGCGGGCAUCGAGAUGUACGACCUGGCCGUGGGCUGCUCCGCGCGUCAGGCCGGUGCCGUGCUGCUGCUCGACCCCAGCGCCGCAGAGGAGUACGGGCGGUAUGGGGAGCCGGCCCCGGGGGAGGGGGCCCCCUCGGUCAAGGCGGAGCAGCACGGGGGCCUGACGGUGGCCCUGCUGCCGUCGCUGGACCAGGUCUCGGGCCUGGUGUGCCAGGGAGAGUGGGACGAGCAGGUCUUGCGGGAGGCCGUGCGGGAGGUGGUGGAUGGCGCUCAGCGUCUCUACCCGCUGCUCCAGCAGUGUCUGCUCAGGGCCGUGCGGCGCUCGGUGCGGGCCCCAGAGGGGCCACCGGGUGGGCCACCGGGUGGGCCACCAGCGGGGCCACCCGGGGACGCGGGCAGCGACGCGGGGAUACCCCCCGGGGAGAGCGAGCCCUGAGGUCGUGACCCCGCCACAACCUGAACUCUGUUCGAUUUCAAGCUUUCGUGACUGCAGGGAUUCAUCUUAUUGGUUCUUUCGGUAAAAUUACGUAGAAGGGAAAUAAUAAAAUAAAUGAUUGUUUUAUUUUUAUUAUUUCCCUUCUACGUGACUUUACCUGAAAGAACCAAGAAGAUGAACCUGAACUCUGUCUCGGUGCAGCGUGUCCAGACCAUGGGGUCAAUUAUAUGUUCGCAUUACAGUUGUAUUGUUCGCCGUUAUUUCAUUUUGCAGUUGCAAUUCUUUACCAAUCGCUGAACUACGAUCGUAAUUGACACCCCGGGGUCAGUUCGCCUUAUUCUGUAAAGUUUUCCAAGUGAGAAUUCUGCCAGUCACAGGUUUUUCUUUUGUAAAGAAUGAAAUAAAAGUCAAAUUGAGUUGUUAACGA